CGCCAUCCUCGGGGCCUAUAUGAGUCCCAAACUACAUGGGAGUUUAUGCACCCCGAAUAUACUGCGGGCACCCCCGCUGAUCACUAUAUCUAUCAAGCAAACCCUUGCUCCAAUCCUCAACCCCUUAUUCCCGAAAGAGACACAUUUCACGCCCUGCAUUUGUCUAUACAAAAUGGUUGGCGUUCCGAGCUCCAAGGCGUGUAUAACUUGCCUAAAGCGGAGAAAACGAGUAUACAACCACCAUGUGACUUACGAAAACCCACCUGUGGGCAAUGCGAAAGACUCGGAAUCGAGUGCGCCGGAUACACAAAGGAGCGCAUCUUCGUCAACACUACGAAGCAGCGCUCUACAGUAUCCCACAAACCCGCAGCAACAACAAUCACACUUCCAGACACGCUGGCACGCUCAGCCAGCGAGAGCCGGUUCAUUGGCAAUUUCUGGUCUGCGUAUCUGCCUAAUGGCCGAGCGUUGUCGUCUGGUGCAGUGCAAGACACUCUUGGCGGGUGGACGAAUACGAUCCAGGAAUUGUACCCGACGGACGCUACGCUGAAAAAGGCGGUUUUGGCGCUAUGUCUGGCGAGUUCUGGUAGGGCUGAGGGGAUGCAGUGGAUGACGGACGAAGGGCUGAGGCUCUAUGUUAGCGCGCUGCAGGAGAUGAAAGUGGCGCUGAAGAGGCAGUCCAAGGCGAAACAGGACGCUAUUCUGACUACUGCAAGGGUGUUUAGUUUACACGAGGCAAUGCAUGGUGCCGAUGAUAGAGAUGAAUCAGCGCAAGCAUCAAGCUGGAAAGCGCAUAUUGCAGGGGAACUAGCAAUUCUGAUCGAGAGAGGACCAGGCCAGUUUCGACAAGGCCAUGCUCACAAUCUUUUCAUCUACGGAAGACUACAUUUGACAGUUUUAGCAAUUAGAUCGAGGAAGAAAUCAGUUUUGAGUACCCCCGAGUGGAAGAUAAUUCCCUGGGAACUCCAUGCCAAGACCCAAAAAGAUAGACUUUUGGACAUACUCAUUGAAAUCCCCACUCUGCUGGAAGAGAGCGACUUGUUGUUACGUUCCUCCAGUGAUGAGACACAAGAAGACAAAUACUACAGGCGGCAAAGACUCAUAGACCACUGCUGGCUCUGCGACGAGCAACUAACUGCGUGGCACGAAACAGUGACCAUAUAUAAAAACUCGCAGCCGUUCAACAAUGCCCAAGAGUCCAUCUUGGUCGACACAAUGGAUCUGGGCUCCGUCCAUCUCAUGACCCUGUACUGGUCGAACUGCAUUCUUUUGUACAGCGUUCUGCGCCAGGCAAUUGGGCCGGAAAGUAAGCUUCUUCCAGAGCGAACAGAUAUCAAGACGUAUUGCCGGAAAAUAGUCAGGGCGAUGCCCAUCUUUUUCCAUCCGGCCGUCGGGGCCUUUCGAGCUUAUCUCUCUACAUUUCCAAUGUAUGUGGUCAUACUGCAUCUUUAUGUUUUUGGAGAAGAAGAGAAGAAAGCCGAGCUGAAGAUGUUGGAAGAUUGUUACGAUACGCCAGAAGGUAUGACAGUUGGACGCUUUAUGAAAAGCGUCGAGCUCGAGGCUUCGAGAACCUAA